AUGAUGGUGCAAGAAGGGCAACCUCAAGGAAGGGAAAGGCCAGUACGGUGGUCCCAUGUGAAGAUCUGGUCUGUUGCUGUGAUUUCCCUAACAUUCCUCAGCACUUGUUUCAUCGUGAGUUGUGUGGUGACUUAUCAUCUUACAUCUGUAAAAACCGACAAAAGGCUGUCUGAAUUACAUACAUAUCAUCCAAGUCUAACCUGCUUCAAUGAAGGGACAAGGGAGACAGAAAAAGUCUGGGGAUGUUGCCCAAGUACUUGGAAAUCUUUUGGUUCCAGCUGCUACUUCAUUUCUGAUGAAGAACAUUUUUGGUCUAAGAGUGAGCAGAACUGUGUUCAGAUGGGGGCUCAUUUAGUGGUACUCAACACAAAAGCAGAGCAGGAUUUCCUUGUUCAGCAGCUGAAUGAAUCACUUUCUUAUUUCCUGGGACUCUCAGAUCCACAAGGGAAUAACAGUUGGCAAUGGAUUGAUCAGACACCUUACACGGAAAAUGUCAGAUUAUGGCACCAGGGUGAGCCCAAUUUUUCUGCAGAGGAAUGUGCUUCAAUAGUUUUCUGGAGUCCUAGAGGAUGGGGCUGGAAUGAUGUUUUCUGUGAUUCUAAAAGAAAUUCAAUAUGUGAGAUGAAGAAGGUUUAUCUGAGUUGA